GUCUGAAAUAUUGGCCUGUCUCCUUCCCCCAACCUGCUUCAGUGCAGGCAGGGUGUGUUGGCCUGGGAAUGAUAGGCCAGGUAGGCUUGGUUGGCAUGGCAGAGUCCUUGUCCUGGAGGAGAACAUGAAGAUGGAAGUGAGAAUCCAACCAGCUGCCUCCUUCGACAUUCCGUGUUGUAUGAUGCGAGAAAGUAGAUUUUUCACUCCACAGCUCAGCCCUCCAGUACCUGCUGCCACGGUGUUUAUCAUGAGCUUUGCUAUUUAUUUGCAUUAUCAUAGCGCCCCAGAGUCCACUGUGCUGGACAAAUAUGGAGGGAGCACAAUACUCCUUGGUACUCCCCCCCCCCCAUAUGUGUCUCUUCGUAUGCUGGUGUUUGGGUUCCUAACUUUGUGUGUCACCCUGAGAGCUGGGCUGAGGACAGUUGAAAAGCUGACACUCAAACAACUGCAGGCAAAGCAAUUUUCACUUUUUUUUUAAAUGAGGCAAAGGGACUUUUGCCUUCUUCUCUAUUCGGUUUUUAACAUUAACGUUUUGUUUCAGAUUCAGUAAUGGUGGAUAGAGUGACACUGCAGAAAAACCUGCAGGGCUUAGGGACAGGGACUGUUUGUAAACGGCUUCUGACUGUGGAAGGCAGAUGUGAUCCGCAUGCAGCGCUUUCUACCCUCCCAAUGUGGGCGGGGAGGGGGGCUCGUAUGCACUCCCUUUUGCAGCUGUAGCAGAGCAGCCCCCUGCCUGGUAUUUGCAGACUUGAUUUCCACUGGUGUCAUGUGAUUUGCACCAGGGCACCUCACUCCAGUUUCAGACUAAUGCAGCAAGUUGCACGUUGACUUGGCCAUGGUGCAAAUCCCCCAGUGGUGGAUAUCCCAGGGUAGACAAAGGCAGAGUAUCACAAGCCCCAUGACUAUCUCUGUGUUACUUGUGAGGAAGAAGAGAUCUUGCCCGGGGAAUUAUUGGCAGACUAGGGGUAGAAUUUGGGAAUUCAUGGAUGCUGAGUUUCUGUCCAUAACACUAGAUGUACUGUUUGGAGCCCAAGGGGCGUGAAUAGCAGGGUGGAUCCUAGGUCUAGUCUGCAGGUUGGUUCCUAGCCUGGUAGUCCUCAGGACAGUGUGGGCUGAAUCUAGACUCUGGCCCCUUUCAAGGCCAGGGUCUCGCUUAGUACCAGUGCCAGGGCUGUACCAAACUGGGGGGAGUGCACUGAGCUGGCUGCUCGUUCCAGGGCUCUGUCCAAUGUUGCAUUUUGUGUAACGUGGUUAGAGCAGGCUGGAAUCUGCGGGGUCUUAUUUCAUUUGCCGCCCUGCUCUGGGAGCAGAGCUGGGAGCUGCGCCAGGGCUUGUGGGUAGCCCUACACGUCCGCUUCAGCCUGGUGGGCUGUUUGCGUCCGAGCUUACUGGCCAGGCUGUGCUGCCCUGACUGUAUUAAGAGCUCUCUUGGCUCGCGGGGGGUGUGGCGUCUUGGGAGAUAAACUCAGGUUCUGGCCAGUUACAAAGUCCAGUGGAAGGCCCCACAGUUAGGCUGUUCCUUCUUUGCAGUAACACUUGCAUGCCAGCACCUUUCCAACUAUGUAAGACUGCACCUACUCCAAGGGACUGAGAGCUGAAUGUCGAAGGUUCUGAACGAUGGCCGUGUGGAUCCAGGCCCAGCAGCUGCAGGGAGAGGCCCUGCGCCAGAUGCAGGCGCUCUACGGCCAGCACUUCCCCAUCGAGGUGCGGCAUUACCUGUCCCAGUGGAUCGAGAGCCAGGCAUGGGACUCCAUCGACCUCGAUAGCCCCCAGGAGAACAUGAAAGCCGCCCAGCUGCUGGAGGGGCUGAUCCAGGAGCUGCAGAAGAAGGCAGAUCACCAAGUGGGCGAGGACGGCUUCUUGCUGAAGAUCAAGCUGGGACACUAUGCCACACAGCUGCAGGUUGGUCCCCGGAGCCGCCCUGUCCCCCCGUGUCCUGCCAGGGCCGCCCACUCGCCUCCCCGCCGGGCCCAGUUCUCCCAGCUCUCCCAGCUGGGCCCCCAGGAGCGCAUGUCCCGCGAGACGACGCUGCAGCAGAAGAAGGCGUCGCUGGAGGCCUGGCCGCACCGGGAGACGCGGACCAAUUUCGGGCCCACCGUGCGGCUGCUGGUGGGGGGGAAGCUGAACGUGCACAUGAACCCGCCCCAGGUGAAGGCCACCAUCAUCAGCGAGCAGCAAGCCAAGGCCCUGCUGAAGAACGAGAGCACCCGCAACGAGAGCAGCGGGGAGAUUCUGAACAACUGCUGCGUGAUGGAGUACCACCAGGGCACGGGCACCCUGAGCGCCCACUUCAGGAACAUGGUGAGAGCCGGGCCGCAGGCCCCGCCCCCUCCUCCCGCCCCGGCCCGCCUCUCACGCCCUCUCCUCUGGAGCCGCCUGACCCUGGCCCCGCGUCCCCUCCGGCAGGGCCGGGUGCCGUUCGCCGUGCCCGACAAGGUGCUGUGGCCCCAGCUGUGCGAGGCCCUCAACAUGAAGUUCAAGGCGGAGGUGCAGAGCAGCCGGGGGCUGACCAAGGAGAACUUGCUCUUCCUGGCCCAGAAGCUCUUCAGCAGCAACAGCCCCCAGCUGGAGGAGUUCAGCGCCAUGGCCGUCUCCUGGUCCCAGUUCAACCGGGUGAGCCUGCCCGCCGGGCCGGGCAAACAUCGUGCCUCUGAGGCCCCUCCAUGGCACCCCGUGGCCCCGGAUGCCACGUUUCACAGGCGCCUCUCUGCUGUUGUGUUUCUAGCUGAGCGGAUGUUUUGGAACCUCAUGCCUUUCACGACCCGAGACUUCUCCAUCCGCUCGCUGGCCGACCGCCUGGGCGACCUCAAUUACCUCAUCUACGUCUUCCCUGACCGGCCCAAGGACGAGGUCUUCUCCAAGUACUACACGCCAGUGCUCUGUGAGUCUGGGGCGCGCCCCCCUCCUCCUCCAGCACGCUUCUAG